AUUUUAAAAAAUCGUUGGACUCUCGACUCUAACAGACUUUGGGCAUCAAAAAACAAACGAAAAUCGGAGAGGAAGCUUUGCUGCUCUGCAAUAAUAUAGUAAACCUUCAAUUGAUUAUCCCUAUAGAAGGUUCUUCGAAUCUUUUUUUUUUCAGAUUAAAUCUUCAAUCAGAUUGAUAAAUGGGAAAUAUAUUUGUGAAGAAACCGAAGAUAACUGAUGUUGAUCGAGCCAUCCUCUCGCUCAAGACUCAAAGACGGAAGCUUGCCCAAUAUCAACAACAGCUUGAAGCUGUGAUUGAAGCGGAAAAGCAAGCUGCUAAAGAUUUGAUACGUGAAAAGAGAAAGGACAGGGCGUUGUUAGCGUUGAAGAAGAAGAAAACACAAGAAGAAUUGUUGAAGCAAGUGGACACGUGGCUCAUUAAUGUUGAACAACAAUUGGCAGAUAUUGAGCUGGCCAGCAAGCAGAAAGCUGUAUUUGAGAGUUUAAAGUCAGGUACUGAUGCAAUCAAAGCAAUACAAAGUGAGGUCAACCUGGAUGAUGUUCAGAAGCUAAUGGAUGAUACUGCUGAAGCUAAAGCUUAUCAAGAUGAAAUUAAUGCUAUCUUGGGGGAGAAACUAUCAGCAGAAGAUGAAGAGGAGAUUUUAGCUGAAUUUGAGAACUUAGAAACUCAGAUGGCUGUUCAAGAGUUGCCAGAAGUGCCCACUAAAGUGCUGUCUGAGGAACAGGAGCAAAAGUUGGACCUUCCUGAUGUACCAACCAAACCACCUGUUCUUGUGGAUGAUGCUGCAACUGCUUCAGCUGAGGUCUCCACCAGGAGAAAAGUUUUGGAAGAACCAUUGCCAGCAUGAUGAGGGAAAACAUUUUUAGCAAUGCUGCAGUCCUGCGGAGCUGCUGGCCAUCCCAGAAUCCAAGCAUGCACUUCACAAAUUCUUUUCAUCUUGAUAUAAACUUUGCAAUGGCACGCAAGUUGGUUUGUUUUUGCAAUUGCAAUCGUGCACAUUAGAUUUAUUCAUAGCUGUAAAUUUACCAUGUGGCUUAUACAUUUGGUAUUCGGAUAAAUUAAGUCUCCUACAUAAUGAAAAUUCCUCUCCUUCAUGUUCUCAUCU